AUGCAGGUCCCCAGCCCCAGCGUGCGCGAGGCGGCCUCCAUGUACGGCACUGCGGUGGCCGUCUUCCUCGUCAUCCUAGUGGCCGCGCUGCAGGGCUCGGCCCCCGCCGAGAGCCCCUUCCCCUUCCACAUCCCCCUGGACCCCGAGGGGACCCUGGAGCUGUCCUGGAAUGUCAGCUAUGUGCAGGAGACCGUCUACUUCCAGCUCCUGGUGCGGGAGCUCAAGGCUGGCAUUCUGUUCGGGAUGUCGGACCGGGGGGAGCUGGAGAACGCCGACCUGGUGGUGCUCUGGACUGACGGGGACGGCGCCUACUUCGGGGACGCCUGGAGUGACCAGAAGGGGCAGGUCCACCUGGACUCCCAGCAGGAUUACCAGCUUCUGCGGGCACAGAGGACCCCAGAGGGCCUGUACCUCCUCUUCAAGAGGCCGUUUGGCACCUGCGAUCCCAACGACUACCUCAUCGAGGACGGCACCGUCCACCUGGUCUACGGGCUCCUGGAGGAGCCGCUCCGGUCGCUGGAGGCCAUCAACACCUCCGGCUUGCACACGGGGCUGCAGAGGGUGCAGCUGCUGAAGCCCAACAUUUCGCAGCCGGCCCUGCCCGCGGACACGCGCACCAUGGAGAUCCGCGCCCCCGACGUCCUCAUCCCCGGCCAGGAGACCACGUACUGGUGCUACAUCAGCGAGCUCCCGGCCGGCUUCCCCCGGCACCACAUCGUCAUGUACGAGCCCAUCGUCACCGAGGGCAACGAGGCACUCGUGCACCACAUGGAGGUCUUCCAGUGCGCCGCCGAGUUCGAGAGCGUCCCCCACUUCAGCGGGCCCUGCGACUCCAAGAUGAAGCCGGAGCGGCUCAACUACUGCCGCCACGUGCUGGCCGCCUGGGCCCUGGGCGCCAAGGCCUUUUACUACCCAGAGGAAGCUGGCCUGGCCUUCGGGGGCCCCGGCUCCUCCAGAUUUCUCCGCCUGGAAGUUCACUACCAUAACCCACUGAUGAUAAAAGGCCGGCGCGACUCCUCGGGCAUCCGCCUGUACUACACGGCCACGCUGCGGCGCUUCGACGCGGGCAUCAUGGAGCUGGGCCUGGUGUACACGCCCGUGAUGGCCAUCCCCCCACAGGAGACGGCCUUCGUCCUCACCGGCUACUGCACGGACAAGUGCACCCAGCUGGCCCUGCCCGCCUCGGGGAUCCAUAUCUUCGCCUCUCAGCUCCACACGCACCUGACGGGCCGGAAGGUGGUCACGGUGCUGGCCAGGGACGGCCGGGAGAGGGAGGUCGUGAACAGGGACAACCACUACAGCCCACACUUCCAGGAGAUCCGCAUGUUGAAGAAGGUGGUGUCUGUCCACCCGGGAGACGUGCUCAUCACCUCUUGCACGUACAACACGGAAGACAGGAGACUGGCCACCGUGGGGGGCUUUGGGAUCCUGGAGGAGAUGUGCGUCAACUACGUGCACUACUACCCUCAGACGCGGCUGGAGCUCUGCAAGAGCGCCGUGGACCCUGGCUUCCUGCAGAAGUACUUCCACCUUGUGAACAGGUUCAACAGCGAGGAAGUCUGCACCUGCCCCCAGGCCUCCGUCCCCGAGCAGUUUGCCUCCGUGCCCUGGAACUCCUUCAACCGCGAGGUGCUCAAGGCCCUGUACGGCUUCGCGCCCAUCUCCAUGCACUGCAACAAGUCCUCGGCCGUCCGCUUCCAGGGCGAGUGGGAUCGGCAGCCCCUGCCCGAGGUUGUGUCCAGGCUGGAAGAGCCCACCCCUCACUGCCCGGCCAGCCGGGCUCAGCGCCCUGCAGGCCCCACCGUGCUCAACAUUGGCGGGGGCAAAGGUUGA